CCCAAAUUUUAAUGUCUUGCCUUUCGCGCCGAGUGCCGGAAGUAGACAGUAGUUGGGUGCACUAGUCGCAACAAUUAUGGCAACAACCGAGAGCACGUGCUUAGACGUUGAAUGGCUGCUCUACCAGAAACCGUCGGUCCUUGCGGUUCCCGUUAUCUCGUAACCGAAACGAACGGCGUUGGCAUUGGAGCUCUGCAAAUAAUGUAAUAGGGUUUCGACUUUCGACUGUGGAAGUAUAGCCGAGUUGAGGGUUUUCUCGUAUUUGAACUGUCGAGCUCUCAAAUGCUUCAGGGUUUUUGAGAACGAUAGUGUGAGGUUUCGAAGAACGCAAAUUAGGGUUUCAAUGUGGUGGUCCUUGAGGCCUGCUUCACAGAAUCGCUUCUCCCUUGAACGAUUCAAGGUCUUAAAUGAUGAAUUACAGAAUGUUAAACUCGUGGACCGACUAAACAAGGAUUUUGUUGGGGAUUUACUGAGAUCAGUAGUAGAGAUAGUAAUCUACGGUGAUCAACACGACCCAUUAAUAUUUGAGUAUUUUAUGGAAAGACAAGGUUUGGCACAAUUUCUCCGCAUUUUGAAGAUCAGUGAAGCUUUAAGCAUAGAGGUGCAGUUGCUGCAAUCUCUGAGUAUUAUGAUCCAGAAUUUAAAUAGUGAAAAUGCAAUCUACUAUUGUUUCAGCAAUGGGUACAUUGACAAUAUUAUCAUCCACCCCUUUAAGUUUGAUGAUGGGGAGCUUGCUCCCUAUUACGUAUCAUUCCUAAGGACAGUUAGCGGAAAACUUGAUGGACAUACAAUUUGCCUUCUUUUGAAGGUUCAAGAUGAGGUUGCAGUUUCAUUCCCAUUGUAUACCGAGGCUAUAAAAUUUGCCUACCAUGAAGAGAAGAUGAUCCAGAUAGCUGUGCGUGCUUUGACCCUCAGCAUAUAUAAUAUCAACGAUGAAAUUCUCCAUACAUUUAUCACAACUCCUCCUAGGUCAGAGUAUUUCUCAGACUUUGUCCAAUAUUUGAGGAGCCGAUGCUAUAAACUGGAUAUUCUCAUUAAUGCUACAAAGAAUGAUCACACUCAUAUGAAGGAGUUACUUCAGGAAACUGAUAAAAUUAUGGAUGAUCUCUACUACUGUAAUGACAUUCUAGGAGUUGGUGUGACUCAUUUGUCCAAACUGAUAACUAAGAGUGUUCUGACCUCAUUGAUCUUGCCUGUACUGCUGCCCUCACUUCAUCUGGGCCAAAAUUCUGAAUUAUGUGUAUCACCUAUCACUUCUUUGUAUGUACUUUGCCGUCUUCUUCAAAUUGUUGGUGGAAAGGAGCUUGUUAAUUGUGUUGCGGCUGGUUUGUUAUAUAAUUAUACUUCCAAAAAUGUGAGUAGUGAUUUGGAUACGAAUCGCUGGCAUUUCCAUGCUGAGCUAUUAUGCGAGUGUUCACUAGAGAUCAAGGAAUACAUAAUAUCAAUGAGAAAUCUUGAGUUCAAAAGAGAAAGGGAUGGAAAUAUGAAGCGUCCUGAAGGGGAUCUAUUGAAGCAUGCUUUGCAUGGUUCUCACAAUGGCAGCUCUGAAUGGAACAGCAUACAAAAUCCAAGGAGUUGGUUGUCAUCAUUAAUUUUCUCGGGGAAUUUCUGUCUUAUGCUUCCAGCUAUAAUGUUCCUGCUCAUUCUAUCUGAGAAAGGAGAUAUCGAUCUGAAUGAUUUAUUGCUCUCUGUGAUGGGAAUUACUGAAGAGGAGUUUCAGGAGACCUUUACAAUGGUCAUGAAUUCGAUAAUAAUUUAUUUAUCAAGCCAACAGCCAAUGUCAACAGAUUCAUUGUGGAAUGCUGGAUGGAUUUUACAAAAGCUACUAGCUUGCCAAGAAAAGAUUCCUAUUGACUCUUUCGCAAUUAGUGUCAAAAUUUUGUAUGAAAGCUCUUCAAAAAAAUUGAUGAAAGAACUCAAUGGAUGCUGGCUUGAUCUUAUUCCAAUUACAUUGAAAAUGGAGUGGGAUAAUUGUAUGAAAGUCCUUAAGGAAUCAUGUCGACAAAAAGAUCCUUUGGUCUUCCUUGAAACUCCUCUACACGAUCAUAUCCCAGAUGGUGAUAUAUCUUCCUUUCUUGCUUGGGAAAGGAUGCUUGAUAUUGUUAAGGUUUUUGUUCUCCAUUAUCAGCUUCACGUUUAUGCUUCAAAACAUGAUUUACAAGAAAAUCCCUUGUCCCACUUCAGAAGCAGCUCUUUGGGCAGUUCAGGAACCCCUGGCAUGGAUAACUUGCCUGUGAAAUUUGGGAUGGAAUUAGACUUAGGUUCCGGAAUCCCUUGCAAAAUUGCAUUUGAAGAACAUCAGGAGAAAGACAUGUUUGUGGUACCAGUAACGAAGGGGAUAUCAGGGAAGGUGCUCCUCGCUGAAGAGAUUUUCCCUGACUCAAAUCAAGGUGUUGUCUUUGCCAUGGCACCAUUGGCUGGAUUAAAUGUGCCUGCCAUCACCCAGCUUGACUUCUGGCUGAACUUAUUAUAUUCCAUUUCCAACAUACUGAUGAGGAAAACCGCAGCACAUUGACAGGGAAUAUCGAUUUCAUGUAUAUAUAAUAUUACUCUUAACAGUGUACAGUCUAUACUGAUAUUUCAAUGGAUUUCUGCUACUCAUUCCAUUUGCUAGGAAAUGAUGACAAAUUUGGGAAUGUGUUGGCAAACAUCGUGUUGCUGGUCUCUCCCUCUUUUGUAUUAUGGACAAGUUUUAGUUUCUCUCUCUCUCUCUCUCUCUCUCUCUCUCACUGUUUCUUUUUCUGAUUAUUUACUUGGUAAAUGAUGGAAAUAUUGAUCCCAGCAUCACAUGUAAGUGCACUACGUGUUAAAAAUGUCGAUCACCCUCAUUUGUAGUUAUUUUUCAUUUGUAAGUAUUCUAAUGUUUAU